AUGGGGGUCAAGGGUCUUAAUCAACUAAUCAAAGAGCAUUCACCUCAUGCUUACAAAGAAUUUCAAUUGAAAAACUUGUUUGGUAGAAAAGUAGCCAUUGAUGCAUCGAUGUGUCUUUAUCAAUUCCUUAUUGCUGUUCGACAAUCAGAUGGUCAACAAUUAACCAAUGAAGAAGGAGAAACAACAUCUCAUUUAUCGGGAUUUUUCUACCGUACUAUACGAAUGGUGGAAAAUAAUAUUAAACCAGUCUAUGUAUUUGAUGGGAAACCACCAGUUUUAAAGGGUGGUGAAUUGGAAAAACGGUUAUUGCGUAGAGAAGAGGCUCAAAAGCAAAUGGAUCAAAUUAAAGAUGAAGGAACAGUCGAUGAAGUAAUGAAGUAUGAGAAACGAUUAGUGAGAGUAGGCAGAGAUCAAAAUGAUGAAGCUAAAAAAUUAUUGGAAUUAAUGGGGAUACCGUAUGUUAAUGCCCCAUGUGAAGCCGAGGCUCAAUGUGCAGAAUUGGCUCGUGGUGGUAAAGUAUUUGCUGCAGCUUCUGAAGAUAUGGAUACUCUAUGUUAUGAACCACCAUAUUUAUUACGUCACUUAACAUUUGCAGAAGCUAGAAAAAUGCCUAUUGAUCAAAUCACAUAUAGUGAAGCCAUGGAAGGGUUAGGUAUGCCAAAGGAACAGUUUAUUGAUUUAUGUAUAUUGUUGGGAUGUGAUUAUUGUGAAACUAUAAAGGGAGUAGGGCCAGUGACUGCCUACAAAUUAAUCAAAGAACAUGGCUCAUUAGACAACUUAGUCGAAUACUUGCAAAAGAAUCCCGAUAAGACAAAAUUUAAAGUCCCUGAAAAUUGGCCAUAUAAAGAAGCUAGAGAAUUGUUUUUGCAUCCUGAAGUAAUAGAAGCCACGGAAGUUGAAUUGAAAUGGAAAGAACCUGAUGUUGAUGGAUUAAUUGAAUAUAUGGUUAAACAAAAGGGUUUUAGUGAAGAUAGAAUCAGAAGUGGAGCUGAAAAAUUGAAAAAGGGAUUAAAGGGAGGUGUACAGGGAAGAUUAGAUGGAUUUUUCACAGUUGUUUCAAAACCAAAGGAAGCUAAUGGUAAGGAUGAUAAAAAGAGGAAAAAUAAUGAUAAAAAAGGAUCAACCAACAAGAAAGCAAAAAGAAGGUAA